AUGAUAGCAGUUCUUCAAUCUAGCAAGAAGAAGAAGAAACUCUCGGAAUCACUGCUCAUGACGUGGCCCAUCAUAUUUGUUUUUCCGCCACCGGCAUCUGUGUUCAUCACGGCCAUGUCAGUCAUCAGCCUCACAGGGUUAGCUUAUUGCGGGUUCUCGGAGGUGAGAGGAAACCACCUGCAGUAUUCCAAGUUCUGGAAGAUUAGCAAUAAAUCCGAUCCUCAGAAAUCAAAGCAGAUUUUCAUAUCUGCUAGAAGAGGCAUGCAGAUUCUCUAUGCUCCCGCAUUUCUGGCUGGUCUCACAUCCUUGGUGUUCUUCCCCCAUAACGAUGAUAUUAGAUAUCUGUUGCUCUCUUCAGCGCUCACCAUUCACUUCCUCAAGCGACUUUUGGAGGUUCAAUUUGUUCACAAGUACAGUGGAGGGAUGGCGCUUGAUUCUGCAUUUCCUAUCACUCUCAGUUACUUCAUGUCUACUGUCACUGCAAUCUAUGCUCAGCACCUCACUAUAACCCAAGGGCUACCAGAGCCACCAGUUGACUUGAAGUACCCUGGAAUUCUAUUGUUUCUACUUGGGAUAUCUGGUAAUUUCUACCAUCACUACAUUCUUUCCCAAUUGAGACCAUCAUCCUCUUCGUCUCCAUCAAAGUCACAGAGCAAUGACGAUAAGGAUUAUAAGAUUCCAAGGGGUGGAUUGUUUGGGCUAGUGAUAUGCCCUCACUAUCUCUUUGAAAUCAUAGGAUUUUUAGGGUUCUCUUUUAUUGCUCAGACCUUGUAUGCAUUUACCUUCACGGUCGGAACAAUAUUCUAUUUGAUUGGAAGGAGCUAUGCUACUAGAAGAUGGUAUCGUUCCAAGUUUAAGCAUUUUCCCCAAAAUGUCAAGGCUCUCAUUCCAUAUCUUUAUUAGAUGUAUCAAGUAUGCAUGUAUGUAUCAGACUAUAAAUUAUCAUGUUGGAUAUUUCAGACUUAAUACUGUCUGUUUA